UAAGCGUUACGUAAUUUCGGAAGAUAAGUAUUUCAAAUCCAAUAUAAGUACUUUUGUCCGGUUCGAUGUCACCGCGUCGCCGAUAGUCCGUCGACUUACUAUCGUCUAUAGUAUUUACAACAAAAGUGCUAAUACAUAAUUUUGUUAGUAAUGUCGAUGAAGGAAGCAUUCAAGCCUAAAAGCUUAAAGAUAUCUUCAACGUUCAUCGAUGCUGACGGCAGAGAAAAACAGAUUGAAACUAGGGAAGAUGAAGAACAGUUGCAGAAAUUACAAGAAAUAAUUGAUUUGUUGAUUGCAGCUGGUUACUUUCGAGCUAGAAUCAAAGGUCUAUCUCCAUUUGACAAAAUUGUUGGAGGUCUUACAUGGUGCAUAGAUAACUGUAAUGUUGAUUUGGAUAUUGAUCUACAUUUUGAUGAAUCUUUGGUCAUUGGACAAAAAAUAGCACUUACCGAAAAAAUAGUAUCUGUUCUACCAAAAAUGAAGUGUCCAUAUCAGGUUGAACCACAUCAAAUUCAAGGCUUGGAUUGUAUUCAUAUUUUUCCUGUUGUUCAAUGGUUAAUAAAGCGUUCUAUUGAAAAAAGGAAAGAAAAAGGCGAAUUUUUGAUGUUUUAUGCUGCUAAUCAGUUUGAUAAGUUAAUUUGUUCUAAAAAUAUCACGGAAAGUGAACCUAAACGCAAAGAAAAAUGUGGUCAUCUCAAAAAAUGUUUAACAGGCAAUAGAAAAACAAAUAAAUCUUUUCAUAAAGAACAGAGAAUAAUGGAAUAUAUUGACGAUUCAUCUGAUUCUGAAGAUCUGGAAACUAAUGAAUGGUUUAUUAAAAAAGAAUUUGAUCCUCAGGACUUUAAUGAAGUUGUGAUGACUGAUGAAGAGAAAAUUAUCAAGUUACAAGAAGAAAAACAAAAAUUAAUAGAAGAAUUAGCACAAGCGCAAGAAGAGACCAAGAAAAUUGAAAAUGAAAUAAAAGAAAAAUCUUUUCAUACUAGUAAUAUGGAAGAGGAUAAAAGACUGGAUUAUAAAAAAGUUGAAAUUCUUUUAACUGAAUAUGAAAAAAUAAAAGAAACUGAAGAAGCAUUCCAAAAAGAGUGUGAAUUAAAAAUGGAAGAAUACCAAGAAAAAAUAAAUAAAGCUAAGUUGUUAUUAGAAGAGCCUGUAGAAGAUGAUACAGAACUCAAAGAAGAAUUAGACAAGAUAAGGAAUAUGGUAGAAGUUGCUCGGUCAAAAUUAAGUAAAAAAGCCAGAGCAGUUGGAUUGAUGAAACGCAAACUUGAUCAUAUACCUGAUAGAGCUGAAUUGGCUCAAUAUCAAAGACGAUUUGUUGAAUUGUCCAACGAGGUGUCUGCCAGAUAUAGAGAGACAAAACGUCAUUAUGCUCUUUAUAAUACCCUUAGUGAUGUUCAAAUGUAUUUGAAUAAAGAACUAUCACUGUUAAGUUCAAUUCUUGAUGCUUAUCCUGAAGCCGAAAAGUCACCAGAGGCUAAAGAACAGUUUUUGAGACAACUAGAAAAUAUAGAUAUCAGUGUAAAACAAACUUUAGACAGAGUGGAGAGUAAAAGAAACAAAGAGCAAAGUGUUAAAAGUAAUUUGAAUAAUCAGCUAUCCACUUGCAUGUCAGCACAUCGGCAAUAUUUAGCUGCUGUAAAACAGCUUGAGACUGAAAUUCAAAAAAAUCUCCAACUUCAAGAGCAAAUUGAUCAAUUAAAUAAAAAUGAAUAAUUCAAUUAAAAAAUUAUAAUAUC